AUGGUUCAUUUGCGGCACAGGUUCUCCCCGAGGUACGACAUCACUCUGGCACGAAUUGUCGACGUGUUGGGUGUGGCGGCGCCACAUGGCCGGGCGGUUGUAUGCUGUCAGGAGGUUGUAACAGUCUGGGUCUGUCUCCGAGAUUUUUGGGCGUAUUCAUCAGGCGUCGGAGAGAGUGAGUGUCCGGCGUGGGAUGCGUGGUCCAAUCCAGUUGCGGAAGCGAACGAUCCGAGUUCACUCGUUUCGGAAUACGCCGCGUGUGGCGUGUGGUGGCUCCACACGGUCCUGCCUUUUUCCGGUAUGAGGCUCGUCGCGUACCUGCGCGGAUGGGAGGCGGAGCUGCGGCACAGGUGCUCCCCGAGGUGCCGCAUCACUCUGGCACGAAUUGUCGACGUGUUGGGUGUGGCGGCGCCACAUGGCCCGGCCGUCGUAUGGCAUACGACUCGUCGAGUGGAUGCGCCUAUGGAUGGGAGCUUACCGGUUGUGGGUCGUUAUGCAGUCUGUCUAGGAGAUGCUCGGGCGUUAUGUUCAGGCGCGGAAGAGAGUGAGUGUCCGGCGUGGGAUGCGUGGGCCAAUCCAGUUGCGGAAGCGAACGAUCCGAGUUCACUCGUUUCGGAAUACGCCGCGUGUGGCGUGUGGUGGCUCCACACGGUCCUGCCUUUUUCCGGUAUGAGGCUCGUCGCGUACCUGCGCGGAUGGGCGUCGGACUUGCGGCACAAGUGCUCUCCGAGGUGCCGCAUCACUCUGGCACGAAUUGUCGACGUGUUGGGUGUGGCGGCGCCACAUGGCCCGGCCGUUGUAUGGUAUGCGACUCGUCGAGUGCAUGCGCAUAUGGCUGAGAGGUUACCGGUUGUGAGUCGUUAUGCAGUCUGUCUAGGAGAUGCUCGGGCGUUUUGCUCAGGCCGUGAAGAGAGUGAGUGUCCGGCGUGGGAUGCGUGGGCCAAUCCAGUUGCGGAAGCGAACGAUCCGAGUUCACUCGUUUCGGAAUACGCCGCUUGUGGCGUGUGGCGGCCCCACACGGUCCUGCCUUUUUCCCGUAUGAGUCUCGUCGCGUACCUGCGCGGAUGGGUGUCGGAGGUGGUUUUCCGGCGUGGCUGCUCGUUGACAGGAAGCGAUAAGAGUGAGUGUCCGGCGUGGGAUGCGUGGGCCAAUCCAGUUGCGGAAGCGAACGAUCCGAGUUCACUCGUUUCGGAAUACGCCGCUUGUGGCGUGUGGCGGCCCCACACAGUCCUGCCUUUUUCCCGUAUGAGUCUCGUCGCGUACCUGCGCGGAUGGGCGGCGGAGUCCGCCUGCGACAUUGUUGGGCGUUUUGUUCAGGAGGCGGAGUCCGUCUGCAACAUUGUUGGGCGUUUUGUUCAGGAGGCGGAGUCUGGCUGGGCGAUGGUCGAGCGUUUUGUUCAGGUCCGGCUGUCUGUCUGCGAUAUUGUUGGGCGUAUUCUUCAGGAGGUGGAGUCCCUCUGCGACAUUGUUGGGUGUAUUUGUCAGGCGGCGCAGUCUCUCUGCGAGAUUGUUGGGCGUUUUGUUCAGGUCCUGAAUUCUGUCUGCGAUAUUGUUGGGCGUAUUCUUCAGGAGGCGGAGGUUGCGGGGUGGGAUGAGGGGGUGGGGGGUGGUGACAGCCAGAGGUCCGACGUCGCUGUGGCACGAAUUGUCGACGUGGUGGGUGUGGCGGCGCCACAUGGUCCGGCGUUGUAUGUCUGUCUGGGAGAUGGUCGGGCGUAUUGCCCAGGCGCGGGAGGUAAGGGAGCAAAAGGACCCGGGGGCGGGUGGUGUGUCUCGUGGCGUCUGCUGCACCACGUAGCGUAG